CAUGCUAAUUAUGGCAUUUAUUUUCAUACAUUCAGAUAAUAAAACAUAUGCAUUAUCAAAACAAAGUGACAGCACAGCAUUAUUUGAUGCAAUACGUAAUAAAAAUCGUACAGCCGCUAGAAUCAUCAUUGAAAGUGGAAUUGACGUUAAUCAAAAAGAUGAAAAUGGAAGAGCGCCAAUUCAUGUGGCGAUUGAAAAGCAUUUAAAUGAUAUUGCAAGCUUGCUAAUUGACAGAGGUGCAGAUGUGAACAUCAUCGAUAAAGAAGGAAACACACCGAUUUUAAUAGCAGCCAUAGAAUUUAACGAUGGUAUUGUGCUUCAAUUACUUAGAUCGGGCGCCGAUAUUAAUAAACAAAACAUUUUUGGAAAUUCAUUAGUACACAUAAGUGCAUACAAAGGUUAUGAUUCAUUUCUGAAGUAUCUAAUUGAAGGAAUCGGCGCCAAUCUCAGUGCAAUCAACGAAGAUGAAAGCAAUCCCCUUAAACUAGCUGUUAUUGGUGGUAAUUAUAAAACAGUGUCGUUGCUGCUUGAAAAGGGGGAAAAUAUUAACCAGGAAAAUGAGAUGUCAAGUUCAGCGCUUCAUUCUGCAGCUCAGCUUGGUUAUUAUGAAAUAGCUCAGCUUUUAUUGAUGAAAGGUGCUGAUAUCAACAGCAAAGAUAAAGAUCUCAAUAGUCCUCUUCACUUCGCAAGUCAAAAUGGCCAUGACACAUUGGUUCAGUUGUUGAUAGAGUCUGGUGCCAAAGUUGAUGAAAAAAAUAACGAAGAAGAAACGCCAAUGCUAUUGGCGGCAUUUAAUGGGCAUGCAAAUGUGGUGUCGAUUUUAUUAGAGAAAGGGGCUGACAUUAACAGCAAAAACAGUGCGGGAAACGAUCCACUUCACUUGGCAUCAUCUGCAGGUCGUGAGAGUGUUGUUCAGCUUUUGUUGAUGAGAGGUGCUGAUAUCAAUAGUAAAAACUAUGAUGGAGAGAGUACCAUUGCAUUAGCUUCGGCUGCAGGCCAAUAUAAUGUUACACAAAUAUUGAUCAAAAAUGGAGCAGACAUUCAUAGUGAAGACAAUCUGGGAAGACAAUCUAUCCAUAAAAGCGCUAAAAAUGGCUUCGAAAAAAUCGUUACGCUUUUAAUUGAAAACGGAACUGAUAUUGAUAGCCAAGAUCAUGAUGGAAACACACCAUUGAUGCAAGCUUCCUAUGUUGGCAAUGAGAAAAUGGUCGAACAUUUAUUAAAAUUGGGCGCUGAUGUACAUCUAAAAACUACUCAGAAUAUCACAGCGUUACUAGGCGCCGCAAUUGUUGGUUAUGAAAAAGUUGUUCGAAUAUUGAUUGAGAAAGGUAAGGCUGACAUUAAUAGUCUAAAUAAGGAUCGAAACACACCGCUCAUGGUGGCUACAUUUUACGGACACGACAAAGUGGUGGAAGUUUUAGUUGAGCUAGGUGCCGAUCUAGAUGCAAAAUCAAAUGAAGGGAAUUCAGCUUUGAUAUAUGCUGCUGCCAAAGGCAAUGAAAAAAUCGUAAAAAUUUUACUCGAUAAUGGUGCAGAUAUUCAUAUCAAAAAUAACGAACGACGCCAAGCUUGGGAAUGGGCAGAAUCCAAAGGAUAUCCAAAGAUUGUUGUUUUGCUUCAAGCUGCAGAAAUGAAUAAACACAAAGCUCAUAAAAACAAAUUAUCAAAUCAAAGUGAAACACCGUCCUUAUUUGAUGCAAUACAUGAUAAAAAUCAGACAGCCGCUAGAAUCAUCAUUGAAAGUGGAAUUGACGUUAAUGAAAAAGAUGAGAACGGAAGAGCGCCAAUUCAUGUGGCUAUCGAAAAUGGUUUAAAUGAUAUUGUGAGCCUACUUAUUGAAAAAGGUGCAGAUUUGAAUGUAACCGACCGAUUUAACAACACACCGAUUUUAACUGCAGCAUUAGAGGUCAACGAUCACGUUCUACAUGAUUUAGUUCGAAAUGGGGCUAAUACUAACAUUAAAAAUAUAGAUGGCGAUGGUUUAGUUCACAUUUUAGCAAGCAAAGGACACGAUACAUUUCUGAAAUAUCUAAUCGAUGAAAUCGGCACCGAUAUCAAUGCCACAAAUAAUAAACAAAGAAACGGAUUACAUUUUGCAGCAAUUGGUGGGCAUUACAAAGUUGCCGAAUUACUUCUUCAAAACGGUGCAGCUUUUGACCAAAAUGAUUAUAUUCUCUUCACUCCAUGCAGCUAUGCAGCAUUCCAUGGUCAUGAUCAGAUAGUUCGAAUGUUAGUUCAAAAAGGAGCUGACAUAAAUCACAAAAACCAUGAAAAAAGCACACCGCUCCAUCUUGCUAUCUACAAGGAUAGAGGUCAUCCAUCGACUGUACGAACACUGAUCGAAUUAGGAGCUAAAAUUAAUGAAAAGAAUCACAUAAACUCGACUGCAAUUCAGUUAGCAGCAUUUAAUGGUUUUGAUGAGGUGGUGCGCAUUUUAAUUGACAGAGGUGCAGAUGUGAAUAUAGCCAAUAAUGAUGGGAACUCGGCUUUAAUCGUAGCUUGUUAUGGAGGUUAUGAAAAAAUCGUUCAAUCAUUAUUAAAUGAAUCAAGUACUGAUAUUGAUGCCAAAAACCUUGAGGGUAACAAUGCAUUACACUACGCUACACAAAAAGGUAACGAACAAAUAGUGAGAAUGUUAAUUGAACGUGGAGCUGAUAUUAACAGCCGAAAUUUCAUACAGAAUACGCCACUCAUCACGUCAAGUACUUAUGGCUUUAAAAAUAUUACCCUCUAUUUGAUGGAAAAAGGUGCAGAGCUAAAUGCAAAAAAUAGUCUGCUGGACACAGCGUUACAUGUCGCAGCACAUCAAGGCCAUGAAAGUAUCGUCGAAGCUCUGUUGAAUUCGAAUGCUGAUGUACAUAUAUUCAAUAAAGAUCAAAUGUCAAGUUUCCAUGUGGCAGUCACAGCGGGUAAUGAAAACAUCGCUAAAUUGUUCAUAGAGAAAGGUUCUGACGUUAAUAGUCGAAAUAUACUCGGUAACACACCACUUAUAACUGCUGUUGAAUACGGGUUUGCCAAAGUUGUGGAUCUACUCUCUAAGAAUGGUGAGAUUAGUUUAGUCUUGUUUUGGUAUCGAUUCAGGUCGGGUGUAUUCACUGAAUACUAUUCAGUCGAAGCUUUGCCUUUAAAUUACCACCUUGACCAAUCCGGUGCUGAAAUAAACUCACAAUCAAAUGAAGGAAAUUCAGCUUUGAUGAAAGCUGCAUUCAGAGGCUAUGAAGAAAUUUUGAACAUUUUACUUGAAAAUGGUGCUGAUAUUCAUAUUCGAAAUAAUAAACGACUCAAAGCCCAUAAUAUAGCCGAACGCGAAGGUUACCCAAACAUUGUUGAAUUGCUUCGUGCAGCAGCAAAUAAUAUUGUGAAAAUACGAAAAGCAUGUCGUACCUAUUCGAAGUUUCCGGCUCGUCGCAUUUUCGGUGGAGAAUCGGCGACAGGUGGAGAAUUUCCUUGGAUGGCUGCACUGGGCUAUCUCCUUAAGGAUUCGACCAUUCGUUUUGAAUGCGGCGGAACAGUAAUUUCGGAGCGGUUCGUACUAACAGCAGCACAUUGUUUGAAAACAACGCGUCAACCCGUCGUUGUUCGUCUAGGAGAAUUAGCACUGAGUACCCCAGACGCAAUAAACCAUCAAAUCGAGAAAAUCAUUCGACAUCCACAGUACUCAUUUUUAUUUGAAAAGAAUGAUAUUGCUUUACUUCGUUUAACCAAUCAAAUUGAAUUCACAUUCGAUAUUCAGCCAGCUUGCUUACAUAAUGAUACACGUGACGAGAGUACGGAUGUACCGCUGCUUGUGACCGGUUGGGGCGUAAUAAAUGAAGAAAAGGAAUUAUCAAAUGAACUUUUAAAGACGCAAGUUUCAACGUUGGUGUUACCCGAAUGCAAUAAAACACUUUUGGAUUGGAAUCGAUUGCCAAACAUUUCAACUCUACGAAACGGCAUUAGUGAAAGUCAAUAUUGUGCAUUCGAUCCGAGUGCAAGAAACGAUAGUUGUCAAGGAGACAGUGGAGGACCGCUUCAGGUGUACCGUGGCACAUCCAGCAUUCCACAUGUCGUCGGUGUGGUGUCCUUUGGCAUUAGUUGUGGAACUUCACUGCCAGCCAUUUACACAAGAGUCGCAUUUUAUACUGAAUGGAUCGCAAAGCAUGUUUGGCAGGAAAGCUAUUAAGAUAUUACACACUUGUAAAGUGCGAAACAAGAAACCAAACUUAUAAACAUUGAAUACAUAUAACAAUUAACAAAGCAUACUCUAUUAUUACAUGAAAUAAAUGACUUUAAUGCAUCGA